GUUCAUGAAAACAAACAUAGAACAGUUUUAAUUACAUGAAAGGCAACGUUCAUCAGACGUUGAGGGCGUCAUUGUUUCUGCUGUAAUUUGUAAUUUCACGAAUCGAGUGAUCGUGGAUGGUGCACAAAUGAGGACAACGGACCAACAGCUGAUUUGAACAAGUGGUUUUUCAAGGUAUAGAAUGUCGAGCUCGGAUCGCAAGAGCAAAGACGACAACCAUCAGCACAAGAAGAGGAGGAAAGAGGAUGAGAAGGAUUCCUGGCACGUCAAGUCAUUGGAGGAAAUCCUUGAAGAGAAACGCCAACGAAAAGAACAAGAAGAAAGGAAACAGAAAGAAAAAGACGACAAGAAGAAAGAUUCCAAGUCAGUGAAGCUGAAGCAUCUGGAGGAGGGAGAGUUGAAUCAAGAGAUGAGUUCAAGUCAUUCUCCGCAACGAACAAGACACAUAUCAUCAGGAGACGACAGAAUGGAGGAAGACGAUCUACUUCAGAUUCAACCACCGCAACUCGGCAAAUUAAAAGGCAAAGAUUCCCAUAGUAAAGAAGACAGGAAGAAGCACUCCAAGUCCAGAGACAAAGACGACAAGCGACACAGAAGACGCAAACGUUCUCACUCUAAGGACACUAAAGAUAAAAGUAAGAGCCAUGAUCGAGACCAUCAAUCCAAAGAACAGAGAAGAGAGGACCAAAGGCCAUCAUCUGCGUCCGUCAGAGAUCGUCGCCAUGUUGACUCGCACCGUUACCAGGCAGAUGGAUCCAGGCACCAGGAUUCCCGGCAUGUGGAGGUCUCAGGAGAAUCAGGGAGACAUGGGGAUGCAGGACGACGGACAGAAUCCAGUCGAUACGGUGAGCCGAGCCGUACAGCAGAUCAAGACAGACACAGUGAUUCGGACAGAUUCCGGUACGAUCGGGAACAGUCAAGACGGGACAGAGAGAGGCUUGAACGACUUGAGAGGGACAGACAGAGGGAUCUUGCAAAAAGAGGAGAAAGAGUAAAUCGGGAAGCGGAGCGAGGAGGUAGAGAGAGGGACAAAGGAAGGAAAACUGAGGAGGAUGAAUACUGGAAACGAAAAGAAGACACAAAAUACGAGAGUCGGGAACGAGAGAGGCAGGACAGGCGGAGGGAGGGAGACAGUCAAGACCGAGGAGAUAGGAAGGAUGAAGUGGGGAGAGAUCGCAGUCCACACAGAGAACAAGAGGCAACAAAAUCUGUAGAUACAUCAGACAACAAGAAUGAGAACUCUGAGCAAAGAAAAACACAACCUGAGAGUCAAGAAGCAGGCGCCCCUGCAACCAAGACAACAGAUGAUGCUAGCAGUAGUAGCAGCGAAGAAGAGGAUUCCUCGUCCAGCGACAGUGACGGGGAGUCAGAAGAAGGGAAUGAAUCGGGAGAGGAAAGCGAGAGAGGAUCCAAAGCAAACUCCUCCAAGGAGGACUCGGAUUCAGAGGAGUCGUCGAGCUCAGAGGAAGGGGAGGACAGUGAUGAUGAUGACGACGACGAGGAUGAAGAUGGGAAGGAGGAAGGAGAGACGGCACAGACCAGUGAUGAGGAGGAAGAUUCUUCUGAGUCUGGGGAAUCGGAGUCUGAUUCGGAUUCAGGUUCCGAGUCAGACAAUGCCAGUAGCAGUGAGAGUGAGCACAGUGAACACGAGAAGGAAGCCAAGAAAGACAAACCGAAAGUCAAGACUGAAGAGAAGCAUCAUGUGCAGAAAUCCAAAUUUGACGUGACGUCUUCGCCCAGCGGCGAUGAGGAACCCGUCGUACACAGCGUGGAUUACCUUCCUGACUCCCCUCCGCAAUCUCCUAUCGAGUUGAAGGAGAAGCUUCCUGCUUACUACCCGGCUGUCUCAGGUUGUCGUAGCGUGGAGGAAUUUGUUUGCUUGAAUAAGAUAGAGGAGGGGACUUAUGGCGUGGUGUACAGAGCCAAGGAGAAAAGGACAGAUGAGGUUGUCGCCCUCAAGAGGUUGAAGAUGGAGAAGGAGAAGGAAGGGUUUCCGAUCACAUCGUUAAGAGAAGUCAACACCCUCUUGAAAGCACAGCACCCAAACAUAGUCACUGUCAGGGAGAUUGUUGUUGGCAGUAACAUGGACAAGAUCUACAUUGUGAUGGACUACGUGGAGCAUGACCUCAAGAGCUUGAUGGAGACCAUGAAACAGCCAUUCACCAUCGGAGAAACCAAAUGCCUGAUGCAACAACUCCUCCGAGGUGUUCAUCAUCUCCAUGACAACUGGAUCCUACAUCGCGAUCUCAAGACAUCAAACCUUCUAUUGAGCCACAGAGGAGAACUAAAGAUUGGCGAUUUUGGACUAGCUAGGGAGUAUGGUUCACCAUUGAAGCAUUAUACCCCCAUUGUGGUUACAUUGUGGUACAGAGCGCCAGAAUUACUACUAGGCAUCAAGGAGUACUCAUGUCCCGUUGAUCUCUGGUCGGUGGGUUGCAUCUUUGCCGAGUUCGUCAUGAUGAAGCCGCUGUUUCCUGGACGAUCAGAAGUCGAUCAGCUCAAUCGAAUCUUCAAGGAUUUAGGGACUCCCAGUGAAAGGAUUUGGCCAGGCUACAAUGAACUUCCAGCUGUCAAGAAGAUGACGUUUGCUGAACAUCCUUACAACAAUCUACGUAACCGCAUCGGAGUCACAGAGUCUGGCUUUGAUCUGAUGAACAAAUUUUUGACCUACAACCCAGAGCGUCGGAUCACAGCCGAGGCAGCAUUAGACCACGGUUACUUCAGGGAAUCCCCCCAGCCCAUCGAUGAGUCCAUGUUCCCAACCUGGCCGGCGAAGAGCGAGAUGCCGCGUAAUGCCAAACGCAGCCCGAAGCCUCCAGAGGGCGGGCUUCAAUACGCCAGACUGGAUGAGGAAGGGGCAACAGAAGAAGGCUUCAGACUGACGUUAGCUUCCCAGGGAACAUCUGCCAAGACUACAGGGUUUAAUCUACGCUUCUAACUGCCUUUUUUGCAAGAUAGCUGUUUUUUUAUCCGUAAUAAGUUCCUGUGCUGCCCCAAACCGCUCCAGCACUUAACAGUUUUAUGGAUUCAUCGCAGAAUAAAUACAAGUACUUAUGGGAUAAGAAGCUUUCAUUUAAACAUCAGCUUUUUAAGAUAACCCCUAAUCCAAGGUCUUAUUACUUUAAAGUUCCUCCAACAUCUAGGAUUGCGCAGGAACCCAUUGUACAAGGAGGGGCAUAAAGCUAAACCCUAACCAUCCAGGGUAUGUUUGCCACAACCCUGCCAAACGUGGCAACAUGCAACACUUGACUAAGUGACAAGCCUGUCAAACAUAGCAAGAUCACUGAUGAAAAAGUCUCAAGACCACACUGCCUCAGAGUCGGUGGUCACCGCACGCAGCAGGAUACAACUAUGGCAUCAUUCAAUGGGACUUAGCUCUCAUUGUUUCAGAGCUGGCCAUUCACGCACUGGUGUUGGUAGCUGAAUGCAUCAAAGUGCACCAGUUCUUUUCCACCUGAUGCACUGUGUUGCGUCUGGCAGGGUUAGGGUUAAAGUAGAAGGGCUGUUCUGUCCUCAAUCCUGCCUGAUUUUGAAACAUCUAGGUGGGUUAGGGUCAAUGAACAAAUAAGGAAGAGCCCUUAUUUCAUUGCACUAUCUUGGACUUGAAGAUUAUUUAGUACGGAAAGUAACUGAUCAAACCUCAACAUGGGUAUUUUUUUAUAGUGAGAUAUGUAAAUUUUCAAAAAGGAAAACAAACUUGAUUUAAUAUAAAAGUA